AUGGAAGGAAGUGUUGUACCUGCUCCAACUGAUAUAGAAAACCCGUUAGAAACUUUGAGAAAGGAGUUGGAUGGCUUAAACCGGUUGUCCCCUUCGCGUUGCAUCUACCGGGUUCCUGAUCGACUCCGACGUGUAAAGAAAGAGGCCUACACACCUCGUGUAAUCUCUAUAGGCCCAUUUCAUCAUGGAAAAGAAGCCUUGAAAGCCAUGGAAGUUCACAAAAAGUGGUACCUUAAAGGUGUCAUGGACCGAACCAAUUUAGAGCUGAAUGCUUACAUAAAAAAAAUAAAAAAACGAGAAAAAAAAUUGCGGACUUGUUACGCAGAGACCUUUGAUCUUGAAAGUGAUGAAUUUGUCAAAAUCAUUUUAGUGGAUGCCAUCUUCGUCAUUGAGUUCUUACGUAGGUACUCGGACAGUGAAUUGCAAAAAGAAAAUGAUUGCAUCUUUGGAAAACCAAGGAUGGUAGAGGAUGUACUGACUGACUUGCUGAUGCUUGAAAACCAGCUGCCAUUCUUCAUUCUUGAGUACCUAUUCAAGAAAUUCUUCAUUCUUGGGGACAAUCCAGCUUCUGUUAGGAGUCUUUCCAUACAGUUUCUUCGUGACCAGGGUGUUACAGCUUUCGGGAUAGAGUUAGAUGAUUCUCCCAGAGUAGAAGCGAAACAUAUUGUUGAUCUCUUUAGAGAGCUAUUGAUAGCUCCUAUGUCGAAAGAACCACCCAUGACCAAAACAAAAAAAUCUGCAACAACACCUUGCAUUGAAAAGCUACACCAGAUUCCAAAAUUGCACACAGGGGAUACAACGGAGCUUGUACUUAGAAAUUUAAUUGCCUUUGAACAAUGCAUUACUUCUGAAGAUUAUUGCAUAAGUGAUUAUGUUAGCAUCAUGGAUGAGUUGGUGGACGAUCCAAAAGAUGUGGGGUUGCUUGUUAAGGAUAAAAUUGUUGAAAAUGAUCUCGGAGGUGGCGAUCAGGAUUUGGCUCCCUUGAUCAACAGCCUUUCAACUGGGAUUGUGUAUAACGCAGACUACUUCUAUUAUGGUGAUCUUUGUCGAGAGCUGGACGAGUUCUACGGUUCGAAGUGGCACAAAUGGAUGGCAAAUUUGAGACGCAAUUAUUGCAAGACCCCUUGGACAACUAUUUCUUUCGUGGCAGCAGUUGUUCUCCUCAUACUCACUGCCAUUCAAACUAUCUGCUCAAUUAUCUCUCUUAAGUGAGCGUUCCUUCAUUCUGUCGAUCGACUCUGCUAUCCCAUCCUUUUCCAUCACUUUGGAGGUAAAAGAUCUUAGUUGAUUCGAAGAGUAUGUCCCAGGAGACCAGCUUUUCUUGGAGUGAAUGCAGAGUGUGCUUUGUUGUUUGAAGUGUGUGCUUGUAGCUAGGGUGAUAUCCAGUAUUAUUGUUGAGUGAAGCUAGUAGAGUGCUUGUUUGGUUUGCUAGGUUGUUGAAAUGAAUUUGCUACUUAAUUCGUUGGUAUAAAUAGAGAGGAGUUCCAUUAUUGGGAGGAGAGAAUUCUCAAGAUCUCCUCUCUUUGGCUCCUCUAAAUUUGAAACU